AUGGCCAAGCCGCGAGCGUACGUCGCGGCGCGGAUCCCGCCCCAGCAACAAACGCAAGCAGCGCUUAAGUCGGCGCACGCGAGCAAGCUGAAAGCGACGCUCCAGAAGCCCACGACGACGGAGAGCACCACGUACGUCAGCCUCUUUGACCGUCUCGCGGUCGCCAACGGCGUACCGGACCGGGAAGCGCGCCGACCGCCCAGUUCGCCGAAAGCCAAGCGGCUUGAGAAACCCGUGGCGCGGGCGAAGCGCAAGAAUGUCAUUUCGCCCGCCAAGGACAAGCUUCACACACCAGCGCCCGUCGUGCUCGCGCGGCGGCAGCUUCACUUUGAGCCGACGCCACGUCGUCAUGAGGCGCCACCCGAGGCGCUCAACCCGUCGCAGAUGCGGGUGCUCGAUGUCAUCCAAGGACUGAUUGCGCACAAGCGACAGACGAUCGCUGCGCUCGAAAGUUCGCAGAGCUGA